UUGGGCGCGACUCAAAGAAAGCAUUACCAAUCCCCCUAUCCAUAACUCCACCAUCGUCUUCCCUUCCCUUCCCUUUACAUUCUAAUGGCCGCUGCCGCUACCACAACCACCACCUUCCAGAGAACACCCACCCUCCAUCUGCCCCUAACACCAAAUCGCUUUACCAGCUACUCCAAGUUCUCUUCUGCAUCUUUUCAACGCAGCAGACAGUCAUGGCCAACACAACUUCCCCUUAUGUCCUCCAACUCCUCAAUCUCUCCCUCUUAUAAGUUAUCUCGUCUCCCAGUUGGCUUCUUCUUCUGCUCCGCUUCUUCACACGACGAAACCCUUGUGACUGAAGAUGAAAAGGGCGUCGCCACCGAAGAAUUUCAAUCCCAGCCGGAGGAUACAGAAGACGCUACUGUAGAGGUUGACUCAAGCGAGAGUGAUGGUAGUGAAGUGGAAGAAUCGCCUGCAUCCAUUUUAGCAUCACUACAGUCAUACAAAGAGGCAUUGGCAGAUAAUAACGAGUCAAAAAUAGCUGAAAUUGAAAGUCAUUUGAAGUCAAUUGAAGAUGAAAAGUUGGUUUUAGAAAGACAAGUGGCAACACUAUCGGAUGAGCUUUCAACUGCAAAAGAUCGAGUUCUUAGGAUAAGUGCAGAUUUUGACAAUUUCAGGAAAAGGACAGAAAGGGAACGUGUCACAUUGGUAGCAAAUGCUCAAGGUGAAGUUGUUGAGAGUCUUUUGGCUGUUCUGGACAACUUUGAAAGAGCUAAAGCACAAAUAAAAGUGGAGGGUGAAAAAGAGGAGAAAAUUAAUAACAGCUACCAGAGUAUAUACAAGCAAUUUGUGGAGAUUUUAGGCUCUCUUGGUGUUGUUUCUGUGGAAACAACCGGACAACCAUUUGAUCCAUUGCUGCAUGAAGCAAUUAUGCGUGAGGAGUCAACCGAAUAUGAAGAAGGUGUGGUAAUUCAAGAAUUUCGCAAAGGGUUCAGAAUUGGUGAGAGGCUUUUGCGUCCAUCAAUGGUGAAAGUUUCUGCUGGGCCAGGACCUGGAAACACUGAAUCAGUGGGCCCAUCAGAACCGGAGGGUCAAGCUCCAGAAGAAGAAGAAGAAGUCCAAUCAGAAUCAUCUGCAGCUCAGGAAGAAUGAAUGAUAAGAGAGAGUUAUUAUAUAAAUUCAGUUAGUGAACCUGAACCCAUUAUUUUACUUUGCAGGAGGGGUGUGUCGUGCCUUUGCCUCCUGUAGUUAGGGAUUGAAAUCGGUCUUUUUGCAAACAACUGUCAUUAUAAUGCUUUUCUGUUAUACUUUUGACAUAUUUUUGGUUCCAUGUUCCUUAA